AUGACCGACAGAGGGACUGCAUUACUGCCGAGUUACCACGAGAUCUGGUCCUUGCUCUCUUACAUCAGCUUUCCCAAGACGACUUGACGUACAGAGCAGUUUUGUGGCUAAUAUCUUGGUUAUUAUCAGUGAAAAUUUCAGGUUGAGUCAGUGAAACUAACGAAAAAUUUCAAUCAACACCGAGCAUGAAGAUCUGGACGUACGAGCACGUUUUCAAUCAUCCGUGGGAGACAGUGGCCCAGGCUGCACUUCGCAAAUACCCGAACCCCAUGAACACUGCUGUUCUGGGAACUGAUGUCAUUGACAGAAAAGUUGUUGAUGGGGUUUUGCAUACGCACAGGCUUGUCGUCAGUGAAUUCAAGUUUCCGAGCUGGGCGCAGGCGUUAAUUGGGCACGCUAAGGAGUGCUACGCCAGUGAAAGGAGCGAAGUGAAUCCGGCCAAUAAAGAAAUGGUGUUAAAAACGAGAAAUUUAACAUUUUGCAACUACAUAGCAGUUGACGAGACACUGAAGUAUGUUCCACAUCCCGAAGACAAAACAAAGACCCUUCUCAAGCAGGAAGCAAUAGUAACGGUUCAAGGGGUUCCCCUGACAUCGUACAUGGAGGAAUUAUUAACAAAAAGAAUCUCCUUCAACGCUGGAAUGGGACGACAAGCUGUGGAGUGGGUGAUAAAGCUGGAUACUGAAGUGAAAGGUUUGGCAAAUAGUGCUGUAAAGUCAACUGAUGAGCUCUUAACCCAAACCCGACGUCAGUUUGAUGAUAUAUCAACAAAAACGAGGAAGAGCAUGGAUGAUCUUCAGCAAGCAGCUAAAAUAUCUCUGGAUGAGAUACAAACAUUCACAGCUCCCUCAUCACCUCAAUCAAUGCCUAAAUUAUAGCUAAGGUUUCGGACUAGCUUUAAUCUUUUCAAUUAACGAAUGUCGUUUGGACUUCAUUGGUAAUUGUUGGAAAAUUUUGCCAGUGAGAGCUAAUGCGAUAUUAAAAAUUCAUUGCAAUUCGGUUACAAACUAGAUGAAAGAUAAAUUGGGGUUUCGAGAGGAUUGAGGCUUUUUCGGAGUAAUUUAUUUUAAAGUAAUGGCUAAUUGAUACUGCUUCGUAUGCCAUCGUUCGAAGUAAAGAGAUUUUCGUUGUACAUUUGAUCUGAAAAUGUUGAAUUUGAAGGGGGAUUUUUUAGUUGGACGAUUUACUGUGUUUGUGAAAGACACUUUGAUGAGAGAGGUAAUAGUUGUCUUAUUGGUACAAGCGGGAGUGAGAAUAACGUCUGAGGUAAGUUACUUUCGAAUAAUUUUGUACAAAGCCAUAAAAUCGAACGGUUGAGUUUUGCCGAUGUGAAGAUUCCCUUCGCUUACUGAUGAAAAAUUGGUAGGAAAUGGUUUAUAGAGUAGAUUUUCCUCACUGUAUGAAUGAUGGAGGAUAUUCCUCUUAGAGUAUUGAACAACAAGAGAAUAUAGUGAUAUGCAUCGUUGAUUAUUAUUAUAAUUUAUGUAGGUAACUCAAUUGAAAUAAACAGUACAGUUGAUUAUUGAAAGGUAAUUGACAUUUCAUCGCACAUAA